ACACCUAGAGGGAUGCCGGGGGUGCUCAGUCUGGAGGGUUCCCUGUCCAGCAGCGUGCACACAGGGCUGUGUUUACUCCUUUCCAUGGAGCCUCUCCUCCUCCUUGUACACGGCUCCUCCCCUCCUGCAAUGCCUGCCUGGGAAUCCCGGCCCUGACCACACUUUGUGCCCGGGACUUUUCAAAGCUCUCUAACCUGUAGCCUGUCCCGAGGGUCCCCAUAAUAGAGAGGCCAGAGCUGAGGCAGCUGGAGAGGGUAGCCAUCCCUGAGGGACCUGUCUUCCUCAUUCCAGCUCUCCCCUCCUACACCUCUCACUGCCCUUCCUUCCUUCCUUCCUUCCCUCCUUCCGCAUUCAGGGGCUCUAUAGCUCCCCAGGGAGUCCUCUCACACCUGGACUCCAAUAAAACAAGUUUUUAUUACUUUUCUUUCUGGCACUUUUCCCUAAACUUUCAGGGAAGUCCCCAAUUCUGACCCUUUCACCUGCUUUCUGUCAGUGUGAUGUCAUAGAGUGGAGGGACCUCAGGAUGGAGUACUAUGCCUGGUGAUGGUGUCCUAUGUCACCUGUUCCUGGGGGAAGUGACACCGUGUGAAUUGGGGACAGUCGCAGGCCGGGCUCUCGUUUUUACCUUUUGGCGAGGAAGGCGAAGAUGAAAGUGACAGUUUGUUUUGGGAAGACUGCCAUUGUGGUCCCCUGCAAGGAUGGGAAGUUCAGCGUCAGAGAAUUAAUUCAACAAGCUGCACAAAGAUACAUCAAAGCCAAGGAGAAAGAACCAGGAUAUUGGGUGAAGAUCCGUCAUCUAGAAUACAAAGAUGGAGGGAUAUUAGACCCUGAUGAUAUUGUAGCAGAUGUUGUUGAAGACAAGGACAAGUUGAUAGCCGUGUUUGAUGAACAUGAUGUCUCCAGUAAAAAAGAAGAUGGAAUCACCAUCACAGAUCGCCUCAGCCCUGACCCUUUUGAAGCAGAACUAGAAGCUCAUAAUGCCACAUACCAUCCACUUCGAGGAGAAAUUGAGGUUACUCCUUCAGCCCUGAAACUUGGAACCCCUCUGCUGGUGAGACGGAGCAGUGACCCAACCAUGGGACCAGUGCCUGAUUUUCAUCCUGGAUCUUCUCACACUGCUGAUCAGAGUAUGAAAGUUACUGUCCAGGGUCCGACCUCCAUAUCUACAGAUGGUCAGAAAGAGCUGAGCUGGCAAGGUGACCAUAUGAAAUCACAGAAGGCCCGAUUUAUGUUCAGUGAGUUGUCAAGAAAGGUAGAGAUUUCAGGGGACAGAGGGCCUUUGGGGAUACAUGUUGUGCCUUUCUAUUCCUCUCUUAGUGGACGUGCUUUGGGACUGUACAUUCGUGGAAUUGAAGAGAACAGCAGGACUAAACAAGAGGGCCUUUUCCAAGAAAAUGAAUGCAUUGUGAAAAUUAAUAGUGUGGAACUUGCUGAUAGAUCUUUUACACAGGCACAAGAUAUCUUCAGACAAGCAAUGAAACAUCCCAGUGUGUUAGUGGAAGUUGUGCCAUCCCAUAAUCGUGAGCUGUAUGAGAAAUCUGCCAUAACUUGCCUACCACUUUUAGAAGAUGAAGAUGAUGAUGUUCCUAAUAUAAAACCACCUCCUCCACCUACCCAUACAAAGCUAAGUGGGAAGAUCAGUGACCACAUAAAUGGUUUAGAUUCUGCACUGUCACUACCGUCUUCGGUAAGCCCAGAUCCAACACGUGAUGGUAGUUCAUACUCCUCACCUCUGGGCUUUGGAACUAAGAAAAUUGCCAAGAUUUUAAGGAUUGAUCUAAAAAAAGGUGCAGAUGGGCUUGGAUUCACAGUGGUGACCAGGGAUUCUACAGUACAUGGACCUGGCCCUAUUUUCGUUAAAAACAUUCUCCCCAAAGGAGCGGCCAUAAAGGAUGGACGAUUACUGUCUGGAGAUCGAAUAGCAGAGGUUAAUGGCAUAGCAAUUGCUGGAAAAACACAAGAGGAGCUUGUAGCCAUGCUAAGGAGUACCAAGCUGGGCGAAACCGUGUCUCUGGUGGUUGCUCGACAGGAAGAAGCUUUCUUACCUCGUGAACUGAGAGAAGUAGAAGGCCAUGUUGUGUCUCCAGAAAACACAGUACAGAUGACCUUUGAGGUACCACUAAAUGAUUCAGGUUCAGCUGGACUCGGUGUUAGUCUAAAAGGCAACAAAUCCAGAGACACCAGCAGUGAUUUGGGGAUUUUCAUCAAGUCCAUCAUCCAUGGAGGAGCAGCCUUCAAGGAUGGUCGUCUGAGAGUUAAUGACAAACUUCUUGCUGUAAAUGGAGAGAGUCUGCUGAGUAAAACAAAUCAAGAAGCUAUGGAAACAUUACGAAGGUCCAUGUCUAUGGAGGGAAACAUUCGUGGAAUGAUCCAGCUGGUUAUUCAGAGAAAGUUGGAAAGACAGACAGAGGACCAGUCAGAGCCAGGCACUGUGCUAAAAUUUAUCCAGGAGAACAUCUCUGAUCAAAAUGGCUUUCGGUUUAAAAAGAAAGAUUCAGACAAUGAUGAGGAAAAUUUUGACAAAGAUGUGCCUUAUCUGGAUUACUCUAAGUUUAGCCCAGCAGCAGAAUCUUCCCAACAACCCGAUGCAAGUUACCUAAAAGCAUCAAAAAGCAUGGAUCUUGUGCCUAAUGAAAGCAAGCUUGCCUCCUUAAAUAUGAUCAAGUCAGAUUUUCCUGGAAAAGAUCUUGGUCCAAGAUUGGGUCUAAAAAAGUCCAGCUCGCUAGAGAGUCUGCAAACAGCAGUGGCAGAAGUCAAGAAAAAUGAUCUUCCUUUCUACAGACCUAGACCACACAUGGUCCGUGGUAGGGGCUGUAAUGAAAGCUUCAGGGCUGCAAUUGAUAAGUCUUAUGAUGGACCAGAGGAUGAAGAAGAUGGUCUUUCUGAUGUGAGUUCCCACUCCAGCCAAGCAGCCCCAAUAGAGAAUGCACAGCUAGAAGAUACAGAUAAAUUAAACAAGGACAAAAAAAAGAAGGAUAAGAAAAAAGACAAGGAAAAGGACAAAGCCAAAGUAAAGGAAAAGAAAAAGGAAGAAGCUGAUGAUCAUGAGAAGAAAGCUAAGAAAAAAGGUUUUGGCGCAAUACUAAGGUUUGGGAAAAAGAAUAAAGAUGAUAAAGGAGGAAAGGUCGAUCAGAAAGGUAGUCCUAAAACUGCCAGGAAAGAGGAGGAGCAUGAUGUGGAAAAGAUGAAGGAAGAACGUGACAGGCAGCAAGUGGUGAGCUUUAAGCAGGAACAGCAGCUUUCAAGACACUCAGAUAAUAGAUGAAGGAGAUGGACCUAAACAGAAAGGAGAUCAGAUUAUGCACAUUGCAGAAUGACCCACAGAGGAAGCAUAUGCGCCUCCCUCUCUCUCCUAACAUGUUAUAAGGCAGAAGGACCAUUACAACUGACUCAGCUAAACAGAGGGAGCUCCAAGAAUGCAGGCAGUGCCUACAUUUAAUUAGACAGCCCAGCAUGAUUUUAAAACUUUUGUGGAUGUACCCAUUAUAAAAAUAUUUAUUUGUAAAAGGAAAAUUUUAUAUAAGCAUUUAUGCAAUUAUACCAAAAGAUUUUGUACAUUUGUACAUUUUCAAAAAGGCAAAAUAAAACCAUAAACCAGUAUAUUUACCAUUUAUUUGUGAUAUGCUAUUAUUAGGGAUUUAUUGCAUGGGGAAUCCUGUGGUCACUCUGCUGCAUACUUGAAUAUCACCUUUACUUAGAAGUUGUGGGAGCCUUAAAUUAUUGCAAAAAGUAUACAGUAUUGUAAUUGUCUGUGACUGUCAUUGGUCACAGUGAGCCAUGUAGCAUGUCUCAUUUACCUUUCCAUGUUACAAGAAGGUUAGCUGUUGGCAUCUAGAAGCAAUGCUGGCUUUACAAGGAGGUGAGCGUCCAUGUAGAGUCAUUUUGUUUACAAAUCAAUACUAUGUUUUUGGACUACUUAGGUUCGACUUAGAUGGACUUUAUUUUACAAAUGUUCUUUGGCUUUUCAAUAAAUAUUCUUUAUAAGAAUUAUUGAAUGUAAGCAAAUUAUUGGAACGCAUUUUGCAAUCUUAUGUGUGUUAAAUGGUAGCAGGUACUGUAUCUCUCAUGAUCCUUGCACAUUAGCCCCUGUGAGUCCAAUCCGAGAUUGUUGGUGCACCCCUGAGGAAUAGGUGCAGCGUCCAGCCCUGCUGCCUGCAACCUGUCAAGGUCUAUGGCAGACUGCAAUAUGCCAUGGGUGAACACUGUACUCAUAUUUAAGGCCCUAUGCCUUCAGGGGCAGAACACAGAAUAGGUCCUGUGUGCAAGGAGUUUUAGAUGGGAACUGUCCUGUGUCUUUUACCAUUAUUUGUCAGUAAAUAACAGCACAAGUAAAAACCAAAUGGAUGUGGCCAUAUAAGUUAAGUUGCCAUAAGAGCAAAGUAAGGGUGUUUUCAAGGUAUAUAUUUGACAGGUACAGACUGUAUAGAUAUACAUAAACAGUACUGUGCAAAAGUUUUAGGCACUGUAAUGCUGUAAAGUAGGAUGCUUUCACAAAUAAUGUAAAAUAUUGUUUUUAUUAAUUAGACGAUUUUAUAAAGAGUAUCUAAAAAAGAAGAAACCUAAAUCAAAUCAAUGUUUGUUGUAUCCACCUAUUGCCUGUAAACUUCUCUUGGGUACACUUGCACAGUUUUUUUUUACAUGUUGGCUGUAUCUGUUGUUCUUAACAAAUAAAGAUUUUAAAUGAA